AUGUUAGAGUUUCCGAAGGAUCAAUCAGAAGGUUCAGGAGAAGAAGCAGUUUCUGAAGCGGUGAAUUCAAGUCAAAGUUCCAUGAGUAGUGAUAGUUGCACUAGUUUUUGCCGUUUGUCAUUUGAUGCGUUGGAGUUGCUUCCACCAUCUCGACCGCUGUACUCGCCGGAAAAUAUGAUACUGAAGCCGCACAGGUCCUCGGAAUCGUCGUGGCAAGCGAUUCGGACGGUGGCGUUGAAGAGGAGUAGCAGUGAAGGAUACGGUGGUGUCGAUGGAGGAAGUAGUCUGAGCUUUAGAGAUUUUAGCCUUGUUCGUCAGAUCGGAAGCGGCGACAUCGGGAAAGUGUACCUGUGUCGUCUGCGAAACGAGGAUGAAGAAGAAGGUCGGUGCUAUUACGCCAUGAAAGUGGUAGAUAGGGAGGUAUUAGCUCUGAAGAAGAAGAUCGAGAGAGCGGCAACGGAGAAGAAAAUCUUAAACAUGCUUGAUCAUCCUUUCCUGCCUUCUCUCUACGCUCAGUUUGAAGCAUCUCACUUCUCAUGCGUCGUCAUGGAAUACUGUUCCGGCGGCGAUUUGCACUCUCUCCGCCAUAAACAACCGCGAAAACGCUUCUCUCUCUGCGCCGCAAGGUUUUAUGCUGCUGAGGUUUUGGUAGCUCUAGAGUAUCUGCACAUGCUCGGAAUCAUCUACAGAGACCUAAAGCCUGAAAAUGUGUUGGUCAGAUCAGAUGGUCACAUCAUGCUCACUGAUUUCGACCUUUCUCUGUGCUCUGAUGCAAUCCCCGCCGUUCAAUCUCAAUCUCUUUCUUCAUCGCCGGAUCCAGCUUCAUCCUCGCCGGCGGUUCAACGUUCAUCGUCUCAUCCCUUCUCUUGCCUCCCAAGUCAACUCUUCCGAUCGAAGAAAAUCCAGUCGUUUUCCGCCACCAACCGGUUGUUCGUGGCGGAGCCGGUUACCGCCAGAUCUUGUUCCUUCGUCGGCACACACGAGUACGUCGCUCCGGAAGUCGCUUCCGGUAAUUCACACGGCAAUGCCGUCGACUGGUGGGCUCUCGGGAUCUUCAUCUACGAGAUGGUCUACGGUUGCACGCCGUUUGCGGGUGUAACGAAUGAAGCUACGCUGCGUAACAUCGUGAAAAAACCUCUCCAGUUCCCAACGGUCUCACCGAUCUCUUCGCGCGAAACGCAAGCGCGUGACUUGAUAUCCAGAUUGCUGGAUAAGGAUCCGGAAAACCGGUUCGGGUCUAAACGUGGAGCGGCUGAUAUCAAGACCCACCCGUUUUUUAACGGGUUGAACUUUGCACUUAUCCGGUCAGCGACCCCGCCGGUGAUCCCCAGACAGACUACGACGUCGUCACGUUACUUUGGUGGGCCAACGUCGACGUUUGAUUUCUUCUGAAUAGAUUUUUUUUGGAGGUGGAAAUUACUAAUGAGGACAUGUAAAUAUAAAUAUAAAUAUAAAUACCAUUGGUGUAGUCUUAGCUCUAUUUUUGCUAAUCAAGAA